UCUUUUAUUGUACUUUGGAUAACAAGAGACUUCAAAGCAGCAUUCUUUUAUUUUAAUUUCUUACUGCUUCUUUCUUCUCUAAAUUAAAACGGUCUUUUACUUUAAUAAAAACUGCGUGAUAUUUUUUAUGGACGUUACAGUGGAACAGUCUCAGCCUACCACAGAAAGUAUAUUAGCUCGUAAGCACACAGAUUCUGAAGCUUCUGAAGAGAGUUUAACUGCAUUACGUGAAGCUUUGCAGCAUUUCUGCCCCAAAGAGCUAAGAGGCAAAGCGUGGAAGCUUUUGCUUCGAGUCAAUCGAGUAUCUGCAUCUACCUAUAUAAGUCUCGUCGAAAAAGGCUCAAGCUCUCUUGACGAUAAAAUCAGGCAAGACACGUUUCGUACAAUGACGACCGAUACGAAUUUCAUUGAACAUGUAUCUGAAGACAUGUUGGUACGCUUAUUGAAUGCUUUUGUGUGGAACAAGGAAGGAAAUAAUGGCAACGAGGAAUUAGAUACUGUCACUUAUGUUCAAGGUAUGAAUAUACUUGCAGCACCCUUUUUGAUGACUAUGCCCGAAAUGGAAGCGUUUUUCUCGUUUUCCAUCUUGGUACGAAAAUGGUGUCCUCUGUAUGUGCAUCCAACCAUGAAAGGUGUUCAUUGCGGUCUCAAACUUUUAGAUAUAUGUCUCCUACAAUUAGAUCCAGUUCUGUAUGGCUUUCUGUACGGAAAAAAUAUAACUGCCAGAACCUAUGCUUUCGCCUCUGUCAUGACACUAUCUGCGUGCACACCCCCCUCUUCCGAGUUAUUAUACCUGUGGGAUUUCAUGUUCUCGUAUGGCCUUCACCUUAACAUUCUGUUCAUCAUUGCUCAGCUUGCUUUGAUACGAACUGAACUUCUUCAUAGUGACCAUCCUGCCAAUUUACUCAGGGUGCUGCCUCCUUUGCGUGCCAGAAAAAUUGUUCACCUUACCAAGUCACUUUGUAAAAAGAUAUCUGACGAUCUGUAUGAUAAGUUAGUUCGACACACAUAUGAUGAAUCUGUAGCUGAGGAACUAGGCAUUUUAUCAUCUACUACAAACGAACAAAAAGAUGGUAUUGAGGAGUUACCUGAUUUCAUGAAAGACGACAAUGAAUGAUAUAAUCC